UCUUCCCAUUAGCUUAUGCCUUCUUGUUCUUCAUCUCUUUCUUCGUUUUCAUCUUAUUUUCUUCCAAGGAUCUACUGCCCCCUUCCCCAAAAUCCCGUGAAAACUAGCCUCCUCAUCUCAGUUGGAGUUGGAUUGGAAAGUUCGAUUGAGACGGAAACUAGUACAAUUUUGUCGAGGAAAAAUCCUUAGAUUCGAUAGACUUAGAAGCUGAAUUGAUUCAAAUUGAAUUAUGCGGCUUCCUUGUUGUACAGUGUGUCAAAAUCGAUACAACGAGGAUGAGCGGUGCCCUUUGUUACUGCAAUGCGGCCAUGGCUUCUGCAAGGACUGCCUCUCUAAAAUGUUCUCUGCGUCCCUGGAAACCACCCUUUCUUGCCCCAGAUGCCGCCACAUCUCCACCAUCGGCAACUCUGUCACUGCCUUGAAGAAGAACUAUGCGAUCCUUGCGUUGAUCAACGACUCUUCGGCCUCUGUGACGGCCGCCAGCAACUAUUUCAGCGAGGAGGAGGAGGAGGAUGAGGAUGAUGAUGACAUGGAUGAACGGGGUGGGAAACUCUUCUCUUUUGGCACCAGUAAUACUAAUCAUAGUAGCUAUAAUCACGAUGAUGAGGUGGAUGACGAAGUAGCGGCAGCAAGAAGGCGGCGAAGGGGGGCCCACGCUGCCACCAGCUGCGGAAGUGGGCGGAUUGAGGUGGGGAUGCAUCAAGGGCUGAAGUUACUGAGGAGGAUUGAGGGGAAUGGGAAUAGGAUUAAUGGGGUUAGUACUAGUAGGAGGAGUGCGGUGGUGGAAACGUGGGCGGCGGUGAUGGUUGGGAGCAAUGGUAAAUGCCGGCAUAAAGUGGCAGUGAAAAAGCUGGCAGUGGGGGAGGAGAUGGAUAUAGUUUGGGUUCAGGGGAAACUGGAUGGGCUGAGAAAAACCUCAAUGUGGUGCCGGAAUGUGUGUGCGUUUCACGGUGCAACCAGGAUGGAAGAUGGGAGUUUGGGUUUAGUAAUGGAUAGGUGUAAAGGGUCGGUGCAGACUGAGAUGCAGAGGAACGAAGGCCGCCUCACUCUUGAACAAAUCCUUAGGUACGGGGCAGACAUUGCUCGUGGUGUGGCUGAGCUGCAUGCAGCUGGCAUUGUUUGUAUGAAUAUCAAAUCAUCCAAUCUUCUUCUGGACUCAAAUGGUCAUGCUGUUGUUUCUGAUUAUGGGCUUCCAGCAAUUCUUAAAAUGCCUGCAUGUAGGAAAGCUCGAUCAGAGGGUGAGUCUGCAAGGGUGCAUUCAUGCAUGGAUUGCACAAUGCUUAGCCCAAAUUAUACUGCUCCUGAGGCAUGGGAGCCUGUGAAGAAAUCACUUAAUCCCUUUUGGGAUGAUGCAAUUGGCAUUUCUCCAGAAUCAGAUGCCUGGAGCUUUGGUUGUACAUUGGUGGAAAUGUGCACUGGUUCUAUCCCGUGGGCUGGGUUAAGUGCAGAGGAAAUAUAUAGAGCAGUUGUGAAGGCACGGAAGCAACCUCCUCAAUAUGCAAGUGUUGUAGGUGUUGGCAUUCCAAGGGAAUUAUGGAAGAUGAUCGGUGAAUGCUUACAGUUUCGGCCAUCUAGAAGACCAACUUUUAGUGCAAUGUUAGCAACAUUUCUUCAUCAUUUGCAAGAGAUACCUUGCAGUCCUCCUGCAAGCCCUGAAAAUGACUUGGCAAAAUAUCCAAUGGCAAAUGGAAUGAAAUCGUCUAAUUUAAUUGACUUGGAUCUUCACCAAGAUAACACUAACCUUCUUCACCGGCUUGUCUCUGAAGGCGAUCUAAAUGGUGUCCGAGAGUUGCUUGCCAGGUCUGCAUCAGGACAGAAUGGUAGUUUGUUAUGUUCUUUACUAGAAGCACAGAAUUCUGAUGGUCAGACUGCUCUUCACCUGGCUUGUAGACGGGGUAGUGUGGAACUUGUUGAGGCAAUUUUGGAGUACAAAGAGGCUAAUGUAGAUGUUCUAGACAAAGAUGGUGAUCCUCCGCUGGUGUUUGCAUUAGCUGCUGGAUCACCUGAAUGUGUCCAUGCUCUCAUCCAGAAGAAUGCUAAUGUCAAAUCUGUACUGAGGGAAGGCCUUGGACCAUCAGUUGCCCAUGUUUGUGCCUAUCAUGGCCAACCACAGUGUAUGCGAGAGUUAUUAUUGGCUGGGGCUAAUCCAAAUGCAGUAGAUGAUGAGGGUGAAUCUGUACUUCAUAGAGCUGUUGCCAAGAAAUAUACGGAGUGUGCUAUUGUGAUAUUGGAAAAUGGAGGAUGUAAAUCAAUGAGUUUUCAGAACUCAAAAGAUUUGACACCACUGCAUUUAUGCAUAAUGACGUGGAAUGUAGCAAUUGUCAAAAGAUGGGUGGAGCUUGCAUCCAGGGAAGAGAUUGCUGAUGCCAUUGAUAUUCCAAGCCGUGUUGGGACUGCUUUAUGCAUGGCUGCUGCCCUGAAAAAAGAACAUGAAGCUGCAGCAGGGAGAGAACUUGUACGGAUACUGCUAGCUGCUGGAGCAGAUCCAACAGCUGAAGACAACCAACAUGGAAGAACAGCUCUGCAUACUGCAGCUAUGAUUAAUGAUGUUCAGUUGGUCAAGGUAAUUCUUGAUGAUGGAGUUGAUGUAAACAUCAGGAACAUGCACAAUACGAUACCUCUCCAUGUUGCAUUGGCUAGAGGUGCAAAAUCAUGUGUUGGAUUGCUUUUAUCUGCUGGGGCAAAUUGUAAUCUGCAGGAUGAUGAUGGUGACAAUGCCUUCCAUAUAGCAGCUGAUGUAGCAAAGAUGAUACGUGAAAAUCUUGAGUGGAUCAUUGUAAUGCUUAGGUAUCCUGACGCUGCUGUCGAAGCCAGGAAUCAUAGUGGUAAGACAUUAUGCGACUACUUGGAGGCUCUUCCGAGAGAAUGGAUUUCUGAGGAUUUGAUGGAGGCACUGAUGGCGAAAGGAGUACAUUUGUCUCCCACAAUUUAUCAAGUUGGAGAUUGGGUAAAAUUCAAGAGAAGCGUUACAGCUCCUACAUAUGGGUGGCAAGGAGCUAAACAUAAAAGUGUUGGUUUUGUGCAAAAUGUCCCAGAUAAGGACAAUCUCAUUGUGUCAUUUUGUUCUGGGGAAGCACGAGUACUAGCAAAUGAAGUUGUUAAAGUGAUUCCGCUGGAUAGGGGACAGCACGUACAACUAAAGCAAGAGGUCAAAGAACCAAGGUCUUCAUUAACUGAUCCCUGUUCUAAAAUUAAUUGUAUGCAUUGAUAGGUGUUUAGCAUUCAAUAACUUUUGGUGUUGUGACUAUUUGACAAACAUCUCUUUAGUAAUGUAAAAUAUUGAAGCAAGUUCUUGGCUACUACAGUGCCUGUUCUUAUCAUUCUCCAUUUAAACAUGUGAACAAUUUUUUUUAAGGGUUUAGCUUGAUGGCUUUUCAACUGUUCUGUGAUCUCUUAGAUCCAUGCUCAUAGUUUUCUGUGAAUAUGACGAUUCAUUGAUGCAGCAGCACUUAGUUUAUUGUGAUUGCAGUUGAGAUGGUUCAUUCAGGUGAAAUGGAUGGUAGCAUGUGUCAGAGAUGUCUGGCACGUAU